AGGGAUUACCACACGCUGAAAAGCCCAGGGUAUUUCUGCUUGCCGUCUGCCAAGUCUUCUUUAUCCGAUGCCUCUCUCUGCACAGUUUCUUUAAUCGGCGACACCAAAAUAAAUACCGGGUUCGAGAAUGGGCAGGUGGAGGUUACGGUCGGAUAAGUUCGGUCUGCGCACGGUGAUCUUACAUUUGCAUGCCCAAAGCUUGUUCACACUUGCCUUGACCUGUGAGGCUUGUUGGUUUCCUUUAUUUGGGAAAAGGAUAGAUGUUGUCUUUUGACUCUGGCAGGGGAAAGGAAUCCGGUUCACUGUAGCCCCGUGUCUGAGCUACCGUGGUCUGUAGGAGUAUUCCUGGUACAGGCUUGUCUGGGAGAGACACCCUCAACUCGGAGGCUGGAAUUUAGAGCAGCGGCUGCCUGUCAUUUGGAUCCAUUAAUUGUGGAUGGGAACUUUUCCUCCCCCCCUCACCCCACCCCACCAGCAUGUUUUGUUAGCUGGGCCGAACCUUCCAGAAAUUUCUCAGCAGGAAUUUGCAGAAUGAGGAUUUUCGUAGCCUUUGAAGGAGUCUUUGAAUCCUUUGAUGUUUCGGCAGAGGACACAGUGCAGACUCUAAAGCUGAUGAUAAAGGAUUAUUUCCAUGUCCCACUGUGUGAAGACAAACAAGGUCGGAAGUACCUGGAGCUGAUUUAUGCUGGGGCAGUGCUGAAGAAUAGCUGGGUCUUGGCUGACGUAGGAGUAACUACUUGUUCAACUCUAAAGUGCAUUGUGAAGGAGGAAGACAAGCCUGUCCUCUAUGUCUACAAUGCUGCCACCCAGGAAACGAUCCCUAUCAUGGGGAACAUUCACCUGGUGGGGAAAAAGGUCGCCUACCUGAAAACACUCAUCAGCCAGCUGUCGGGCUUUCCUGUGAGCGUCUUCUGCCUGCGCACUCCUCGGGGGAGAGAAAUGUACGACUGCAACACCCUGAGAGAUUACCAAGCAGAUGUCGGCACAACCCUUCGGCUAGACGUGUGGGAUGGAUGGAAAGAAUUUCUGGCUGGCUGUCUUUUAGGCCGGAAGCUUGAAGCUCAGCGCUACCUAUCAGAAGAGGAACCGGUACUCAAUUAUCAGAAGAGGGUAGCGCUUUACAUUGCCGCAUUUUACGGGCACGUCGAACUUACCGAAUGGCUCCUGAAGCAGGGGGCGAGGCCUGACGAGGCGGUCGGCGUUCACCCCUAUCGAGAAUGGUGUCACGAAACCCAUCACCCGGAUGUCAUUAAGUGCCCCGUCCACGCGGCUGCCGAAAAAGGCCAACUGCUGAUACUUAAAACGUUUGUCAACCGCAGCGUGCUCUGCCUGGAGUGUCGAAAUGCAGAGGGUCAGAUUCCGCUCGCCCUAGCCAUCAAAAACAAGCGGAAGGACUGCGUGUUGUACCUGGUGGCCAAGAUGUGGUCCGUGGUUUCGUUUUCGAAAAUUUCCGUCCCCAUGAGAAUCUACAUCCGACUGAAACGAUGGCUUCUCGGGGCACAGAGUCGCAUCCUGACUUGGAAGCGGCCUAGCGGAUCGCGCGUCUUCAGGGCACGAGUUGGGGACGUCGUCUUGGUGGACGGUUUCACCGAGCCUAGAAUGACCUCCAGAGGGAAGCAGAAGGCCGUGAGCCCCGUCGGCCUACAGGCUUCCGAACUGCCGAGAAUCCUCGGGCAAACCCAAAGUCGCAGGGUGGGGAAGCCCUGGGGGGCUUCCCGGCGGGACCCUCGCGAGGAAACCCUCCGACUGCCUCCAGUUGAAAAGGGCCCCAAGAUGCCCGAACUACAAAGAGGUCAGGCGAGGAGUAAGAAAAAAAAGGCAGAUUUCACCAACGGGAUCGAGAAUAUGAGCUUCGAAAGCGUUCCUCUUCCCCCAGUUUCAACAACUGGAUAUUCCCAGGCUCCUUUAUACUCUGCCUCCCGCAACGCUGCUCUUUUCCUGAGUUCCUCCCUCAAAUCCUUCUCUGAACACAGUGGGAAGACGCCAAGAGAGAAUGCCAUCUACUGCUUAGCUGUUGCGAGUGCGUUUAAGAAGAAAGGAUGGCUGCAGCAGUUGGCCAUAGCAAGAAUUCUAGCCAAGAGGAGCGUUUCCAACCCCACUGCUGGAAGAAGCCUGACUAUAAAUCAAAAUCCGCUGGGACCUGAGCUUUGAGAAGGCGAGAUAACCCCCGUUGGACUUGGCUCCAUGUCCUAGCACCUGCAAUUCAGAUUUUUUUUUUUAAACUGAAACAUUUUCUUUCAGAAAACCCUUGCUCUAAGUUAAUGUCUCAGCAGAAUUAUUUGAACUCGCCCAAAAUUAGUUUCCAGAGGGUGCAGAAUAGUGAGUGAAAGUGCAGAUGAGCUCGUUCAGGCUUCAGACAUCACCAACUAAAGUGCAUAUUCCUAGCAGGCAAACUUUGUAAAGUAGGAGGAGACGCUUUCUGUGGAUUUCCAAUCCUGUAAUCAGCCAUCAUCAUAGUCAUUAUUGAACGCUUACUAUGGGUAGAACACUGUACCAAGCGCUCGGGAGAGUACGACGGAGUCGGCAGACACGUUCCCUGCCCACAACGAGUUUACAGUCUAGGGACGAGAUGGCAGUCGUUUUUGCUCGUUGAUGGUACUGACCCACCGAUACUUGAAAUUCAGCAUUUCAUGUGUUAUCGUGAAAUGUUCUCUGAGCGCAAAUCUAUGUUUUGAAAAUAAUUAGACCCGUGAUACAAUUUUGAAAACGUCUUCUUCCCUCUAAGGGUGUUUAUAUAAAUGCAGAAUUCGUGUGUUCAAAGUAAAAGCUCCCCAAGGGCGCCAUUAAGCCUAGAAAAUUCAAUAUUUCCAUAGGAUUAGGAUAUUUGAACAACAGAAAAACCCAUCAACGCUAAUGUAUCGUUUGGACGAUAUGAUAUUUUUAAUAAAAAUAUUUCUUUAAAGCUAUUACACCUUCCUGCCCAUGCGUGCUUUGUGGGGGGACAUAAAAUAGAUUGUAUUUCAAUGCAACGUGAUUCGGCCACGUGCCCCCGCUGAGCGAGAUGAGACUCUAAUAGAUGUAUUUUUCCCCCCAGAGUAAACACUCCGAGGGGGCCUCUUUCGGCUGGGGGAAGCGCCCAUCUGUGAAUCGGAAAAAUUCCUGCCCUGCAACUCGAGCUCUAGCUGGGCUCUUUUACAGACAAAUCAGUACCUUGUCUUUUAGACUGUGAGCCCAUCGUUGGGCAGGGAUCGUCUCUAUCUGUCGCCGAAUUGUACAUUCCAAGCGCUCA